CUGAACAACAGGAAGUGCAGAAGGAGAUAAAUGAACAAAACCACAUCAGAGUUCAAGCUGCUGGUCUGAUCUGAACCAGGAAGAAAACAGGUGAAAGUGAAACAACCAGUAGAGGUGAAUGACACUGAUCCACAGUUCAGCUGGAGUAUUAAAAGCUUUAACUGGCUUAACAAAUAUGAUAUAUUUAGAUAAAAUGAUAUGCAUAUGAAGACGUUCUGCAUUCAAACAGUGUCCAAAUAGAUGUUUCUUGGAUAAAGUUCAACCCUCCUGAGGAGUCAUUCAUGCAGAAACAAAGUUCCCCUUCCACCGCAUUUCGUGUGAACUCCACCCACCCGCAUAUCCACACCUGCCCGCGGGCACAGGGCAAACUCAGGUGAGCGCAGGUAAGGCAUUUUGAGCUCGUGAAGGCGAGCGGCAGGUCGCGGCUCGUCAUGGCGGAGUCGCAGCUCAUGUGUAUGGAGGACGGGCUCAUGCCCGCAGCGGUGCCCGAAUCCCGGCCGCAGUUCUACUACAGCGAGCAGCAGCGGGUGGCGAUCGAACGGCUGCUCACCAAAGGAGACGGAGCCUUCAAGAGCCUCCUGAAGGACGAGAACGGCCAAGACUUCCUGUCGGCGCGGGAAAUCAAGGCCAUCACCAGUACCUUCGUCAAAUACCCGAAUGAGGAAAACGAUGGAGAGGCGUCAACGAGUCACGCCAAACGUGAGGACUCGGGGUCGAUGCGCUCCACGUACUGGCCGCAGAUGUCGGACACGGAUGUUCCGCCGCUGGAUAUCGGAUGGCCCUCAUCCGGGCUCUUUAAAGGGGUCACCCGAGUGUCAGUCUACACCCACCCACCCAAAGACAGCGGCCCGCACAUCAAGGAGGUGGUCCGCAAACUCAUCCAGGAGUCCUGCAAGGUCGUGGCUAUCGUGAUGGACGUGCUGACCGAUCUGCAGAUUCUACGAGAUCUGUUUGAUGCAUCCAAGCGCGGCGUCCCCGUCUACAUUGUGCUGGACCUGCAGGGAGCGCCGCACUUUCUGGACAUGUGCAACCGACUGCAGGUCGGAGCUAAAGAUUUGCAGAAUGUCCGGACUCGGACUGUAAAGGGAGUCGGGUUGAAUCUGUCCAUGGGGAGAAUCCCAGGAAACGUCCACAGCAAGUACAUGCUCAUCGAUGGAGAUAAAGUCAUGUUUGGGACGUACAGUUUCUCGUGGAGCUCUUCUCGAAUGGACAGGAACAUGAUCACGGUGAUGUCAGGGCAGGUGGUGGAUUUCUACGAUAAUGAUUUCAGAGAACUUUACGCCAUCUCCGAUAAACUGGACCUGUUUAAGGAGUUUCACCUCAGUAAGCCCCAAACGGGAACCCUGGCACGAGCCGCGGUGCCCAAACGGCCCUUAGCAGCAACUUCACGCUUCCAGGUGAAUCUCGGAGACGCGUCGCGUGGAGAUCUGAAAGUGCCGGCGCACAAAUACCACAACCCGAAGUACCUGUUAGCGCUCGGACAGAUCCCGGGACCCUCGGAGCCGCUGCAGGACUUCCUCGAUAAAAUGGUGCCGCCCGAUCCGGGUCAACAGGACCUGGAGAAUCCCACAGAAGAGCUGGAGAACAUCACUCCCGUUUCCUCUCAAACUGGGAAGAAAAAGUCCAAGAAACUUAAAACACUGACAUUUAACACAAAAAGGAAGAAGAAAGGGAAGAAGGACACGACAAGCAACGAGGUUAUUGAAGAAAACGCUGCAAACCCUUCAGACGAGACGCCUAAAAACACACUCACCAGAGACGAGACGCAGGACACCCCCAAGAAGAAGAAGACAGGAUUUUGGUGCCUUUUCAAAAAAAGCUAAAUGACUUGUUUUAAUCAUAGCGCUUUAAAUGAGCCACUGUUUUUACCUCCUGUAGACCGUUAACCCUCAUGUACCGUCAUGUUUACAGAACACCUGAUUCCUGAUGUGAUCCUGUCUGUGUUUGUGACGUGAUCGUUCAUACGUUUGACAGUGAUAGUAAAAGCGGAAAAGACUUUCUGAUAAUGUGCGACACUUGAUAAAGAAACCAAGUAUUGUCUAAAUUACAGGAAAAUGUUAGAAAAAAAAACAAAAAAAAAACUUGAGAAAGGAGAAAAUGGUGCAUAAAGAGACGUUAAAAAGUUUUUUUUUUAGCAUUUGUGCAACUGUGAAAGUGCAGGUGUCAUUUCUUUGUUUCAUGUUUAAAGGGUGUUUAGAUCGGGUGACUCAUGCAUUCUUUGUUUAGUUCACAGGCAGCGUUUAAAUCCAUCAUGACCGUGUAGUUUGAAACACUCACCCUCAGAUAAAAGUUGAUGCAUUCCAUAUAUUUUGAAUAUUUGUAGGGAACUUCUAUGUUUAAAUUGUGUUUAUGUUAAAUUUUUAUGAAUUCAAUUUUUAGAUUUUUCAUGAUCUGCCUGUAAAUGUUUCUAUCUCAGGGGAUAUGUGGCCCUUUUAGGGGUAUAAUUCAAGAUAUUUGUUACAUGUAGUUUCUGCUGUCUAUAGACUUUAGACUUUGCAGCCUAUUUUAGAAAAUCAGUUCAAUACUUUAAAUUCUUAUUUAGUCCUAUUGUCCAACAAUUCUCAGACUUGUGCGUAUAUAUACGUAUAUGUAUAUGUAUAUAAUAGGAUACUCAACCGCGGAAAAUGAAUGCAAACUUGUGUAUAAAAUGUAGAAUGUGUAUGUGUUUUUUAUGGAAUAUUUUUUCUGAAGAUUUUAGUUGGAUGUUAAUCUAACAUCAAACUUAAUCUAACAUUGAAGGGGUCAUUAGAUUAAUAUGCUCCUUACGGGCUAAUUAUAAUGUUCAAGUUUUUUGCACAAUAAAAAACAAAUAAAUAU